CUUUAUAUGCCAUUUGAAUACAUAUGGACGGUAUCAGCAAAUGGAGUUGCAUGCAGAAUUCCAUCACCUUCUGAUCCAAGAUGCAUUAGUGAAAUAGAAUGGAAAGAGAUUCCAUGUUCAGAUGGUUCAGCGAUUUGUACAAUAGUUGCGUCUCCAACUUCCGCAUUUGCAAUUGAUCGAAGUGGAAGAGUUCUCAUUUUAGUUUUACCAACUCAUUUAGCCAUUCGAGAACGUGCUGAAAUAUAUAAUAAUCAGCGAUGGAUUGGCAUUUGGAGAGGCACAUUUUUCAUUGAUCGUCCUCGAUUUUCCGACGAAAGUGGCCGCGUAUCAAUCGAUCCUUCUGCUAAUGAAAUCGAUCCUGGAUGGAGCUGGGAAGAUAACUGGCAUCCUCAUUUAGAUCCACGGAAGUAUGACAAGGAAGGAUGGCAGUAUUCAUUAUCAUUCCUUGCUCCGAAAUGGGAUAAACAAUGUAGAAUGUAUCAUCUUGUGAGAAGACGAGUUCUGAAACGAAAUGUUAGAUACACAUCACAUGAUCAGUGGAUUGAAAUGUCAAAUGAAGAGACAAGAAUGUUCACUGAAUUGGCAAUUGGUGGAAUGGAUGUAAUGGGUGAAGGUGGAAUGAUUUUAUUUGCACUUGGAAGUGAUGGAAAUAUUUAUCGAAGAGAUGGAAUACAUCCCAGUUGUCCUAGUGGUAGAAGCUGGCAGCUAAUUUCAAAAGUUACAUUCAAAGACUGUGAAUCUGAUGACGUCACCCUUAUAUCAGCAUCUCCAUCACUUGCAACUCUUAUGGCAAUCACAUGGGAUGGUAAAAUGUUUCAUCGAGUUGGCAUAACACGUCAAAAUCAAAACGGCUUCAGCUGGAAAAGCAUACCUACACCGAAAAAUAAAGCUGUAAUUAGUGCAUCAAUUGGUACUCGAACUAUGUGGUGUAUUACGGCAGAUGGCUGUGUAUGGUUUGUUCGUUUGGAUAUUGAUGAAAAACUAAAAGAACAUAAAAUGGAAAAUAUUACAUCUGAAAGCUAUCAAAUGACCACACAAGGAGGAAUUUCUAAAAUAUCAGUUACAAGAAAUGAUCAGGUAUUCUGUGUCUCAACUCGUGAAAAAAUUGAAGUUCGAACUGGGAUUGAGCCGCGAGAACCAUCAGGAAAACGAUUCGAAAGAAUUGUUGAUCGUGGAGAACCGAAUGAUCAAAAAUGGAUAUCGAUUCAUACAGGCUCUGUUUUGUUCGAUAAAAUUCCCGAUUAUUUCAUGUCAUCAUCAAGCUUGAAAUCGAAAAUGGAAGUUUUACAAUUCAAAAAAGCUGAUUGGCGUUUACAGAUAUUAGAAAGACUUCAAGAAACGUCUGAUAGAUCAUGGAGUCUUAUGAAUAGUGUUAAUGGAGUUGGUAUUGAUUCACCAGAAGAAUUGGAAGGACCAAACACGCCCAGACAAAUAAGGUGCCAAUUAAUGCAGGGAGAACUGUUUCGGAGUGUCAACAUCACAAUUCUUAAUAAUAAUCUUCAAAUAUAUGGAGAUAAUUCAUUAUCAAAGUCAAUCGAUACUUCAUCCAUCAAAUCAGUGCUCCCAUGUUUCCAACGUCUCCCACAAAAGUAUCUACUAUACGUCUUUAUCGGAGCAAAUUCCGAUUCUGAGUGCUUUGCUUUCACAGACGAAAAGUCUCGUACCACAUUUCAAUCGAUCCUUGAAACGAUAAUUCGAGAUUACAUCUGCUCCUCAACACGAAAUUCGUUUGGAGAUUGUAUGUGGUCCAUUAGCUCGGAAGGUGUUGUACGUUGGCACUGCUUGGCUGAAAUGAGCAAAGAAAGUAAAUUUGAGAAACGAGUGAAUCCUGGAGAAAGUCGAGGUCUUGUUGUAGAUGGACUGUUUGAAAGUGUAGAUUGUGGAGUAAAGGGGAGCGUUUGGGCGAUUAAUCAGUCUGGAAAUCUCUAUUCGCUGAGUAGCAAUUACAAUCCAUUGAGUUCUCAUAGUACUACUCAUGACUACAAAAUGACCGAUCAAAUAACUCUUAAAAUGUUUGAAUAUCAAAAACAUGCAGUUUUCCGUGGAUUCAUUUCAUUUCAAGGAUCUCAGAAGGGGAUUUCGGCUUGGAUGUGUGACAACAAGCCAUGUCCACCGUCUCCGUCAUCACUACCAUCCACAAAUUGGAGUUGGAUAGAUUCGGCGUGGCAACUCGAAGAGGACACUUGGAAGUAUUCGAAUAACAUUGACGGAGUCUACAGCUACAAUGAAAAAGCUCAAGGAAAAGCUCGACGUCGUGUUUGGAGAAGACAGGCAAAGUUCGAAUUGAAUAAAUCACCAUGGUGUCAUGUUGAAUCUCCUCCUAUCCAAUGCGUUAGAGUCUCUAAAAUAGAAUCAUGUGAAGGAACAAUAGUUGUGGUAGUACUCACAAAGGAUGGCCAUAUAUUGAUACGAAACGGAGUGGACAGAGAACACUUUACUGGUACAAAUUGGACAGAGAUACUCACGGAUUCUCCUAUUUCAUCUAUGCAUUUACAAUGGGAAGGAAUGAAAUUAUGGUGCGCUACUUAUGAUGGAACGAUUUUAUCAAGAAGUCUGACAAACUCAAAAUCAUCUUCCUUCCUAUCAAGUUCAGAUUGGAGGCACCUUGAUCUAGAUACAUCUGUGAUAACUGAUAAUAUAUCUCCCAAAGCUGUGAAUGAUAUCGAAUUAACCGGGUAUUCAGAUAUACUUUAUGUGCGAAUUAAAUUUAUCCUGUUCCGGAUUGAUACGAAAAAUGAAACCAUUUCCGAUGCAUAUCCCAUGGACAAUCUCCAGCAAGCAGUCGUCAGCGCAAGAGGUUCGAUCUGUCUCCGAGGCACAAACAUUACGGUUGUUCGCGACUGGCGCGUCGUUCCGUAUACCGACCGGAAGGCCACAAUUAUUGCGAUGCGGGAUGUUGAACGUGCCACGAACAUGGGAUGUCGAGUGGAAAGCAUUGCCUUUUAUUGAUUUUCUACUUUGUAAUUUUGUGUAUAAUAAUCAUGACUUGAUUUGAUAAACUUUAAAAUUGAAAA